CCGUGUCUGUUGUAAGAAUUCUGUAGAGGACAGUACAGAAAAUACGAGAUAACGAUUAACUUAACCUUCGUUUUUAGCAUCCGUGAGUUUGCUUUAGUGGUUGGAGAUACUGUCUGCCGAAUCUAGCGGUCUUUAAUCGAUUUAAAGCGCAUAAUUAGCCCGUGUAUUGCUCGUUCCGUUUACUCAAACAUCAGUCUUCAAUGACAUAACAUAUAAGCCUGAGGUUCAGUUGGCCCUUAACUCAGCAUGCACACGGACCUGUCACCUCACCUGCACACAGAGGAGUGCAAUGAACUCAUUUCUCAGCUCAUGAAGUGCCAUCAGGAGCAUAACUUCAUGAAAUUUUUUGGGACAUGUAAUGAUUUUGAUCGUGCUAUGCGUAAUUGUCUGAAAAAAGAGCGUCUAGAAAAGAGAGAACGCAGCAAGCAACAUGCCCUGGAAAUGAAGAGGAGGAUAAAGGAAGGAUCCAGAGAGAAAGUUUAAAUUGCCUUUGAACACUUAUUCUUGUUAUAUAAGGCAAACAAAUCCAUGGAUUGCUGGAAAUAAGAAUUAUGGAAGCAAUUUCUUAACUAUGCUGCAUUAUGGCUGGUCAGCCAAAUUCAACCGUUUAAGUGAAAUAAAUGAACUGUGGGUAUUAUGUAAAACUACAAUUUGGGAUAAUGUUGACUCAUAAAUUUUUGACUAAAUUACCAAAUCACUGUUAAAUGUUAACAUGUUUAUUCCAUAAAUUCCAAAGUAUUGAAGACAAAGGUACCCUGGGAAAGGACAGUAGAUUUAUUGAAUGCAAUUCACUAUCCAUAAAAAUACAUGGAUAAUUUCUGACAUAUAUCUAAGGCACCCUGGGAUUUCAGACAGGGAAAAGAUAAACAACCAUUAUGCUGAUGGCAAUAAACAGGCCUUAACUUAUCACAAUAAUUCAGCUAUUUGCAUUGUAUCAACAAAUGAUUGAAACAAACAAGUCUCAAGCUCAUGCUCAAAUAUAUGAUGCUUGGGGAAACGGAUUUAACGUAAAACUAAAUCAUCCACUCUGAAUAGAAAUCACUGUAAACCAUCUCAGGUUCAUUAUCAAAUAAAUACAUUUGUAAAUAAAUAA